AUGAAUGCCAGUGUGAAUGGGCCGUACAAUAAGGCUAAAGAUGGGGUUGAGUGCACAACACAUGGUUACCUGGGUUGGAGUUUUGACAUGUUUGUGCCCAAGUUUCAUUUCCUACAUAAAACUCUGAGUUCAAGUGAACAACAGCAUACUCAGCCUCCUCGGCCUGCAACAACAAGAAUUCAACAAGAAAUUGAUGAGGCAGUACAGAGGGAGAGAGAACUGAAAGAAGCAAAUGGAAUUCAGACAUCUGAUGAAAAUAUUGUACAUAAGAGAUCUCAAACACCUGAUGCUGUCAACAGUUCCACAGAAGAGAGAGAGAGUGAUCCAAAUAGUUUCUCCUCUUCGAACAAUCUUUCAGAUUCACUAAAUGAUGGAGAACCCUCAGCACAAGCUGUUCCAACAAAGAGAUCUCAGUCAUCAAGUCCAUCACUUAAUAAUUCUCCAUUUGCAAGCCCAACACACAGGUUCUCAUCUGGUGGUGGACAGAAAGGAUUGAUGCAGAGGUUUUAUGCAUCACAUGGAAGGAUGAGAAUUUAUACUGCUCCAAGGAAUACUGUACCUGUUGUUGUUUCUCCUCCUUCUGUUUCACCUGUACAUAACCAGCCUCCAAUUCAAAGGAAGAUCAUUGACAUCAAUAGUGGGAAUGAUUCACAGGAUUCAGAUGAAGACCUGGUAAAGACUCCAGUGAGAUAG